GGGGAUCAUAAGCUUACUCUUGGUAGGGCUUCUAUAGUUGGUUUUUUGAAAGGCUACGACCGUACAUCCCUUCCUUGAGGGUCUUGUUUGCGGGCAUGGCAGCAGAGACAGUUAUUUGAAAUAACCUGAUGUGAUGCAGUACGAUAGGGGUAUGGCGGUCUCCUAAUUCAUACUAAUAUUUUCGUUCGAACAUAUCCUACUCUGCUCCUUGAUGUACCCUGAUGUAAUGGUUUGCGACUUUCUUCAACGUCACGAUGACUUUAACGUUUGGCACAGACCUCUUGGACUACCUGUAUAUUAGAAGUCUCCGACUGCAUAUAGUAGUGAAUGGCAUCCAAAGAACUAGGUGUGCCUAAGUCAAAUAUCAAGGUUGAACUCCAUCAUGGCCACUAUUGCGACGACGGUGACUCCAGCAUUGGCGACUCCUUCGCUCUGCACCACUGAUUUUUCCCUCGUCCCGAUCGGGACAGGAACCACCUCGUAUUCUCAACAGAUUGCGGAUAUACAGCGCCUGGUUCAACAGUCAGGUCUGAAAUAUCAGAUGCAUUCCACGGGAACCACGGUUGAAGGGCCAUGGGAUCAGGUCCUUCAAGUCAUCGGUUUCGCCCACACGUUGGUUCACCAGGCUGGUAUAGCAAGGAUCCAAACCGACGUCCGUGUGACAACUCGGACCGACAAGGCCCAGCCCAUGGAAGGCAACGUUGCUUCGGUGGAGAGAAUCCUAGCAACCGGCUAGGGUAUUGGGGGAGAUAAGCAAGCGGGAAUACCAGCCGAUAAAUUUCUUUUCUGUCUUUGCUGAUGCCAAAACGGGAGGUAGUAGCCUUCGGAUUUGCUACCUAUGCUACAUCAUCUAGAAAAAUGAAGUUAUAGUUGUUAGCUAUUCGGAAGCAGGAAGACAUUGGUCUGACAACUGCUGAUGCAACAACCUG